GAACGGAACGAACGUUCGACGACAGUCAUUCAGAGCUCGACCAGUGUACCGCACGUUUCGUGGCUCCUCUCAUCCUCGUGUUACGUUGUGCUCGAUCACAACCACUCUUGGUUUACCAUAAUCAUAUCAUCUAAGCCAUUAUUCGACCGGAACAGAAACUAGCAAAGGACGAUGCUCUGAGUACGAUCGUCACGUGCACGCCGGACAUUAUCGUCUCCCGGUAAUUUUUCUCUGUGAAACGUUGAUAGAGAAUAGACACUAGUGACCAGUGACAUUCGGGAACACUAGACUCUCCAGUGGUUAAACGCUUUCUUCCGAAUACGCUUGAUUAUUCGGAAGGAUGUCGAAGUCGGGAAGCAUCAAGGAUGGCGAGAAGGGACCGUACGACCCGGUUCCGACCGGCGACAAAGGCAACGACGAGAUCAAGCUGGAGGCGAAAAUGUCCCUGCUGAAUGGCAUCACCGUGAUCGUCGGCUCCAUUAUUGGAUCUGGCAUAUUCGUUAGCCCGACCGGUGUUCUCAAGAACACAGGAAGCGUGAAUGCGAGUCUUCUGGUGUGGACAGCUUCCGGUAUCUUCUCCACAGUAGGAGCAUACUGUUACGCAGAGCUUGGCUGCAUGAUCAGAAAGUCGGGCGCCGAUUACGCGUAUAUCAUGGAGACCUUCGGACCUUUCCUGGCGUUCAUGAGGCUCUGGGUUGAGUGCAUGAUAGUGCGGCCUUGCAGUCAGGCCAUCGUGGCCUUGACUUUCAGCGUUUACGUGCUGAAGCCGGUGUUCCCGGACUGUACACCACCGGACGAUGCCACGAGGAUACUGGCAGCGUGCUGCAUUUGCAUCUUAGCGUUCAUCAAUUGCUGGGACGUAAAAUGGGCGACCAGAGUGCAAGACAUCUUCACGUAUGCAAAACUGCUCGCCCUGUUCAUCAUCAUCUUCACUGGAGUUUACCAACUGUUCACUGGACACACGCAGUACUUCACAUUCGACAACACGAAGACAGAAGUGACGUCAAUAGCACUCAGCUUUUAUUCGGGACUGUUUGCUUAUAACGGCUGGAACUACUUGAAUUUCAUCAUCGAAGAGCUGAAGGACCCCGUCAAGAAUUUACCUAAGGCUAUUGCAAUUUCGUGCGUCCUCGUUACUGUCGUUUACGUUCUUGCAAACAUGGCAUUUUAUACGACGCUGAGUCCGUUGGAAGUUCUAGGAAGCGAGGCGGUGGCGGUUACAUUUGCGAAUCGUUUAUUCGGAAUUUGUGCCUGGACGAUACCAGUAUUUGUCGCCCUUUCCACAUUUGGUGCAGUAAAUGGAAUUCUUCUGACGUCCUCAAGACUUUUUUAUGCCGGUGCCUGCGAGGGUCAGAUGCCUGAAAUAUUAACGAUGAUCCAAAUUUCCAGGCUCACUCCUACGCCAGCUGUUCUUUGCAUGACUUUGCUGUCCAUGCUAUACCUUUGUUCUUCCGACAUCUUUGCCCUCAUUAAUUACGUUGGCUUUGCCACUUGGUUAAGCAUAGGCGUUUCUGUCCUUUGUCUACCAUGGCUAAGAUGGACACAACCAAAGCUGCCCAGGCCUAUCAAAGUAAACCUCUUCUUUCCUAUAAUCUAUAUCCUUGCAACCCUCUUUGUAACUAUUGUGCCCAUGUACGCCAGUCCUGUAGAAACAGGAUACGGUUGUCUAAUGAUCAUCUCAUCUAUACCUGUGUACUUUGUGUUUAUCGCGUGGAAAAACAAGCCAAAAUGCUUCCAAAGAGGAGUCGUAAGCGUCACGAAGUUCCUGCAGAAAAUAAUGCUGGUCGUCGGCAAGUCGAAACCCGCUCAGGUUUAACCGCAGUCAGAACGGAUCUUCAGUUCUCACAACGAUGACUUCCGGUCUCAAGAGAACCAGAUAGUGUUCAAAACACUCAGAGAAUACUUUUCUUUUAAAAGUAUUUAUACUUAUUUAAAAACUGAAUUUAAAAAAGCAAUGUAACAUUCAAAAGUAGACUACAGUUUCAGUUACAAUUAUAAUAGGGUAUUGAGAAACUUGAGGAGUCAAUCCAACGUGUAGUAGUGUAAAGUCUCAUAUUUCAAUACAUUUCAGUUACUAUUUCAUUAUUGUAGAUUAUAUUCUAUAUUUUAAAGUCUAGAUUUAAUUUGAAUAAUAUAUAUUUUCUGAACGUAGGAAGGCGUUCUGAUCAGAGACAGCCAUAUCAAAUCAGAGCGCCUAUUAGAAAGCAACUACAAACUGGUUCUCUCGCCCGGGUGUCAUCUUUGUUAAGCUGGUAUCAAGAUUUCCGCGGAAAUUUAUCAUGAACGCGUUUUCAAUGGAGGCGUAAUAUCAUAAAUAACCAAUGACCAUAAAGAAAUACUGUACUUUAGCAUAAAAAGUACCAACAAGUAAUUGUCAGAAGAAAACAUGAUUUGCUCCUGCAUUGAAUAUGCGAAUACGACUUGAACAGUUUAUUGUUAUUGUACUGUUUCAUUACACAUUGUAUCAUUUCCAUUAUCAUGAUUCGACCCUUCGUUUCAAGGUCACGACUAUUAAGCCUUGAGUAACAAACUUUCAAUUCAGAGAAUCAUUGGCUCUUAUAUUAUGUUAUUCUUUCUCCUUGUUAUCUUAGGAAGAUAAUGAACAGUAUUUAAUGCUUUAUAAUGUAAGUUAUAUUUGUUAACUUACUAAUAAUAAGUUAUAUAUUAACCAUUAGAACAUUUGCCCAAAGAACAGCAAAAAAGCAAAAUGAAACAGAAAAUAUAAUGUAACUGUAUACAGGACCACGAAGAAUUAAUUAUAUGACUCUAUAUUUGAUAUGGUGUUACAACCAUAAAUAAUUUUUCCAGUAUAUUAAGAGAAGUGAAGAAACGAAGGGUGAGAAUAUUAUAACGCGCUAGCAUUUGAUCGCAUAAUAAGAAUAAUCAUGUUUUACUGCCACUGUUAUUGGCGCGUACACCAUAAAUACAUCAUGAAUUACACCGUGAAUACAUCAUGCAAUCGUAAAGCUCAAGGUUGUGAGCAAAAUUUCAAUUCUCCAUCGAUCCAUCAGGAAACGGACAGCCACUCGAGUGACUCUGGCUAUUUGAAUAUCCUUCUUUCCUCUCCUACUCCAUUCUAAUUAGAUUUUGAGCGCGUGUUUAAUCGAGAAUUUAAUUUCGUGUCUGUGAAGAACAGAGCAAGCUUACGAGCAUACGAAUUUUAGGGUUUUUAUACUUUUUUAAGCGUAAUCUAAGAUCUUUAAGACAUUUAGUCGAUGUCCUAGCAUUCAUAAUUUU